UGCAGCUCCUUCGCGGCUGCUGGCUGCCUCUGGAAACCUAAAGGAUGAGCUGAAACUCCGCAGCUGUUACUGUUACCAGCGCUAAUCACUGGGGCUUUGGGUUUGGCCGGAAGCCCCUUUCCCUGCGCCUGGUCCCAGCUCAUUUCCUGUCCGGUUCCGCGCGUCGAGCAGCGACCUGGCUCUGCAGGCAGGCGGCCCAGGCGCCCGGGCCUGUGGUGUCUACCUGAAGAACAUUUUACUUUAAAAGGAAAAGAUGCUAUCUCCAAAUGAUAAAAAGUUAGAAAAGCUGGAUCCAUUUUAUCGACCUUCUAUGUCCAAGCAGAAGACCAGCGCAGAAAUCAUAAGUGAAGCACGAAAUGCAUUAAGAACAGUUGGGACGCAAAGACCAUUUACACCACGGGAAGACCAAAGAAAACUCUUUGGUCCUGCAUCUUCCAGAACACCGGAAAACAGACCUCCUUCUUCCUUCAGCCUCCAUGCAUCCAGUUUUGAGUCAUCUGAGUCCAGGCCCAUCUCUGGUGCUCGUCUCAGUCCACUAGAUUUUAAACCGAAAGCUCCGGCAUCUCCCACCACGGAGGAGGAUCCUUGCCUUGCCUUUCCCAAGCCCCCAGUGGACCCAGCGAAGAUCAGAAGACUAAGCAGUGCCCGGGCUCGCUUAUUCAGGGCGGCCUCCCAGGGGGCCCUGCUGCCCGACAGGACCCUGCCUCCUGCUGAGUCAAAGAAGACGGUGGAACCCGAGGAAACAGUUGUGAUGGGGGACCCUAUGGUGAAAAUAAACGGGAUUUAUUUAACAGAAUCAAGAGCUGUUGGCUGCUUACAGAGUCACCCACUUCAGCUAACUUAUGAUAGAGGCUUCAGUGAAAUCAAGAAGCAAGAAAUGUUCAAAGGGACAACCACCUUGCCAUCUCAUCUCAGAAGUGGAGGGGACCAGGGGAAGAGGCGUUCAAGAGCCUCAUCUUGUUUCAACAGCUCAGACCUGAGCCGACUGGAAACCAGAGCAGCCUCAAAAGCUGACGUGCAAGAAAAGGAGACAGAAAUAGAAGUAGACGAAGUCUUUUGGAAUACAAGGAUCGUACCAAUUUUGCACCAAUUAGAAAAGGAAGAAAACAUUGAAACGAUUUGUGCUGCUUGCACACAACUUCAUCACGCUUUAGAGGAAGGAAACAUGCUUGGAAAUAAAUUUAAGAGAAGAAGUGUUCUCCUGAAGACCCUGUAUAAACUAGUUGAUAUUGGUUCAGACUUGCUCAGCCUUAAACUUGCAAAAAUUAUUCUAGCACUUAAAGUGAGUAGAAAGAAUCUUCUUAAUGUCUGCAAACUUAUAUUUAAAAUUAGCAGGAGUGAGAAGAAUGACUCUCUGAUUGAGAAUGACAGCAUUCUUGAAUCAUUAUUGGAGGUCCUGAGAAGUGAGGAGCUACAGACGAACAUGGAAGCUUUCCUAUACUGUAUGGGGGCUAUCAAGUUCAUUUCUGGAAAUCCACGAUUUCUCAAUGAAAUGAUCAGCAAAGGUGCUGUGGAAAUAUUGAUGAAUUUGAUCAAGCAGAUAAACGACGACACCAAGAAAUGUGGCACCUGCUUGCCUAACUCAGGCCACUUACUAGUCCAAAUGACGGCUACACUCAGAAACUUGGCUGAUUCACCACUAGCAAGAAGUAAGUUGCUGAGCAUCAGUGCCCUUCCCCAGCUCUGCAUGGUGAUGGGACAAUACAUGGCUGACAAGGAUGUCUGCACCAAUAUUGCCAGAAUAUUCAGCAAACUUACUUCUUACCAUGACUGCUGUGUAGCCUUGGCCAACUACUCCAGAUGUUACGCCUUGUUUUUGAAACUGAUAAACAAAUACCAGAAGAAACAGGAUUUGGUCGUCCGCAUUGUCUUUAUUCUCGGCAACUUGACGGCGAAAAAUAACCAGGCUCGGGAACAGUUUUCCAAAGAGAGGGGGAGCAUCCCGACCCUGCUGGCGUUGUUCCAUGCAUUCUACAAACUGGACCUGUGUGCGGAGAAGCCGAUGGCGGGAGCGGAGGAGCCCCAGACGCCCAGGCCGCGGGCCCAGGCGGAGGACGUGCUCAUCAAGCUGACCCGGGUGCUCGCCAACUUAGCCAUCCACCCUGGCAUCGGCCCUGCGCUGGCCGCCAACCCGCACGCCGUGGGCCUGCUGCUCACCACUCUGGAAUACAAGUCAAUUGAGGAUUGUGAGGAGCUGGUGAUCAAUACUACAGCCACAAUCAACAACUUAUCUUACUACCAAGUGAAGAAUUCUGUAAUUCAGGACAAAAAGCUAUAUAUUGCUGAAUUGCUCAUAAAGCUUCUUGUGAGUAAUAACAUGGAUGGAAUCCUAGAGGCUGUGCGUGUUUUUGGAAACCUCUCCCAGGACCAUGACAUCUGCGAUUUCAUUGUGCAGAAAAAUGUUCACAAGUUCAUGAUUGCCCUGCUGGAUGCCAAGCAUCAGGAUAUUUGCUUUUCUGCCUGUGGCGUUCUCCUAAAUCUCACUGUGGAUAAAGAAAAGCGUGCCAUCCUAAAAGAAGGAGGGGGCAUUAAAAAGUUGGUGAAUUGUUUAAGACAUUUUGGUCCCACCGAUUGGCAGCUGGCCUGCUUGGUUUGCAAAACUUUAUGGAACUUCAGUGAAAAUAUCACCAAUGCUUCAUCGUGUUUUGGAGAUGAGGACACCAACACGCUCUUAGUCCUGCUGCCAUCAUUUUUAGAUGAAGAACUAGCACUGGAUGGCAGUUUUGACCAAGACCUAAAAAGCUAUCACAAACUCCAGUGGGAAACAGAAUUCAAACCUGUGGCACAGCAGCUUCUAAACCGAAUUCAGAGUCAUCACACUUUCCUGGAACCCCUGUCUGUUCCUUCUUUCUAACACGACGCAGCUUCACAGAAACAGGAAGUCAGGUCUCCUUCAUUCUUAAGCAGUGGUAACAAGCACAAACAUUUGUUUCUUGGUAUUGACAAAUACUGAAAGUUUUUCAGAUACUGAUUAGGGAGUAGUCUAAGGUUUUUAGAAGAAAGAAGCAAUUUUUUUUCUCAUUAGGUAUUAUGGAAAAAUGAACAUAAAUGUACUUUCUGUUAUGAGAAAUGUAAGAUGAAAAUAUAUCCAUGGGUUUUCUAAGUAAAUGACUUUUUCUUCUGUUCUCUAGUCAGUACUUCAGUUCUAAUCUUAAAAUCCCGACUGAACAAUUCUUGAAGUGUUUAUCUGUUCUGUAGUUAAGUGAGCUGUGCAAUGAAAUUAGAUUUUUGUAUAUAGGAGGAAUGGUGGUCAAUGCUAUGAGGAACACAUUCCUACAUAAACAUCCAUACUAAUUCUUGUAUCCUCUAAGAAUAACUUUCUGGUUAUGACUAGUAUUUUUCUGGUUCUCCAAUUAAGAGCAAGAGUAAGCCAGAACAUUUAGAAAAGACUUCUUUGGGCAAUAAAUAAAUAAGUAAAUAAAUAAGUAAAAUAGAUGGGAAAGGGAGUAUUUUAGCUCUUUCUUCUCACUUGAAAUAAAAUGACUAGACCAGAUAGUCCUUCUAAUUGUAAAUUUCUGGGACUAAGAGGUGACGUAAUGUCCUAUCAAAGGGACUAAGCUCAGGCAUAUGGCAGAGCUCAGUUUGAAUCCUAGUUAUCUCCUGCUUCGGCCUUGGGCAAGCAGCUUAAUUUCUUUAGCUUCAACUGUAAAAUAAGAAUAGUUGAUUAUAGUUCAGUUUGGAAAAAAAACAUUAAAUGGGCAAAUUGCCUAGUACAGUGUCUGAUGUGGUUAGUAGGUGCCCAAUGAAUGAUAACAUUAGGACGGUAAUGAGUUUAUUAGUCUGCCAUUCUUUGCAGGGUAAGUUUGGCCUUUGAAUGUAUGACAAAAGCCAAAGAAACUGAGAUGGCCAUUAUCCUAUAUUAGCCAAGUGAGGAUUUGGAAAUAAAAGGAGAUGUACUACUCUGCUUGGAGAAAAGCUGUUAUUAAUGGCUCCUCACCUUACAAAAUGCCAAAACAAAUGGGAAGAAAGCAGAUACCCCAGACCGAAGCCCGGAAUGGCUUUCAAAGGCCAUUAGAAAAUACCUAAAUUUCCAGGAAGAAAUAAACUUUCCUAGGGCCCUUCUAAUCUAGGGCUUGUCUCUGACAAGGGCUCAGCACAAUCCCAUGGGGCCAUGCCUUAUUGUAGAGUGUGAUGGGCUCAUCUCUCAAAACCAUUUAAGGAUCUAAGUCUUUAAAA